AUGGCGCGCGUCCACCUCGUCUACGUCCUCCUCGUUUAUCGCUCGGCGGCCGCGCCUGCUGCCGGCAAGUCCGAGUUCGCCCAGAUGCAGGAGUGGUGGUGCGGGCAGUCCGGGCACGAAGCCGACGCCGCGUGCGUCUCCCUCCGGAUGCGGGACGCCAGUCCCGAGGAGCGCAAGGCGCUGCGCGAGUCGCUCAAGGCGAACCGCUCCCACUGGAAGAAGGACCGCAAGCGGGACGACGGGGCGAUGCUCGCGGCCUGGUGCGAGACGCACGGCGACUCGCAGCUGUGCCAGCGUUGGGAGAAGAGACGGAACCGGCUCGACCCGCCUUCGCCGCCGCCCAGCCCUGCCUUCGAGGCGGGCGCCGCGAUGGACGUGUGGAGCCUCUUCCGCCAGCGGCGGAGCGCCGAGGGCUCGACCGAGCACGACCGGAUGAUGGCGUCCUUCUGCACAUCGGAGCGGCAGGAGGAGUUGCUCUGCAGGCAGUGGCGCCUACGGUCGGACGAGAAGCUGCUUCCCGAGGAGCGGAACGACCUCAAGCAGCAGGAGCAGCGCCUGCGCCCCGCCGAACGGGCGGCGCUGCUGCGUGAGCAGAAGGAGGCCGUCCUCGACUUUUGGUGCAACAACCCGACCGUCGACCGCGAGGAGAAGGGCGUCUGCCUGCUGUGGAAGGUGCGGAGGGACAAGCAGCUCGCAGCCAAGGCGAUGGGCGAGUCGUCGCCCGGCGCGCCGCGCCCGCCCAGCGCGCCGGCGACCUCCGACGGCGAGGAGCGGCGCCGCGGCGGCGAGGGCGCGCAGCACGGGCAGAAGGAGAUGGAGGAGUGUCAGGAGUGGUACUGCACAAACAAGCUCACCGAGAGCGAGGCGGAGGAGAGCGAGGUGUGCAGCCGGUGGAAGCUGCGGCUCAAGAGCCUGAGCAAGGCGGAGCGGUCGCGCCUCCGCCGGCACGAGGAGAAGAAGCGCAACGAGAUGCGCCGCGCGGCCAAGGCGGCGGGCGAGGCGCACCGGCGGAGAAAGGAGGAGGGGGCUGAGGGUCCCUCACCAGAGGAGCUCGAGCUCAAGCAGAUGCGCGAGCAGCACGCGGCCGCGUGGGAGGCGAUGCUGCGCGCGUGGUGCGAGGAGGGCGGCGGUGUGGGCAAGACGGACGAGCAGUCACCGCUCUGCGCAAAGUGGCGCGCAAAGAAUGAUAAGGAGCUGUGA